UAUGGUAAGAGAGUCCCACUGAAGUGUGUGGUGUGAGGACCGCGAGGUAUUCCCGAAGACUGGGGAGCCGUGACGCAGACAUGGGACUGCUGACUGGGGAUGGACUGUGGCCUCUGGUCGUAUUCACGGCCAUCUUCCUGCUGUUGGUGGACCUGAUGCACCGGCGCCAGCGCUGGACUGCCCGCUACCCCCCAGGCCCCGUGUCGCUACCUCUGCUGGGCAACAUGCUGCAGAUGGACUUCAAGAACAUACCAGAUAGCAUGUACAAGCUACAGCAGCGCUAUGGUGAUGUGUUCAGCCUGCAGAUGUCUGGGAAGCCAGUGGUUGUGAUCAAUGGACUGAAGGCCGUGAGGGAAGUACUGGUGAACUGUGGAGAGGACACUGCAGACCGACCAUCAACAGCGAUCCUUAAAUAUCUGGGCAGGAAGCCCAAAUCUCAAGGUGUGGUCUUUGCACGUUACGGGCCUGAGUGGAGAGAGCAGCGGAGAUUCUCUGUGUCCACCAUGCGCAACUUCGGCCUGGGCAAGAAAUCACUGGAGGAGUGGGUGACCGAGGAGGCCAGCUGCCUCUCUGCCGCCUUUGCUGACCACGAAGGGUGUCCCUUCAAUCCCUACACCCUCCUGAACAAAGCCACGUGCAAUGUGAUUUCCUCCCUUAUUUUUGCCCGUCGCUUUGAGUAUGAAGACCCUUACUUCAUCAAGAUGUUGAAAGUAAUGAAUGAAAGUUUGAAAGUUGUCGCUGGCUUCAUUCCUGAGGUGCUGAAUGCAUUCCCAAUCCUCUUGCGCAUCCCAGCCCUGACUGACAAGGUCUUCAGAGAGCAAAAGGCAGUCAUUGCCAUGGUGCAUGAGCUGGUGACCAAACACAAGACCACUUGGGACCCUGUGCAGCCACCCAGAGACCUGACUGAUGCCUUCUUGGCUGAGAUGGAGAAGGCCAAGGGAAAACCUGAGAGCAGCUUCACUGAUGACAAUCUGUACAUAGUGGUGGGUGAGCUGUUUGGAGCAGGGAUAGUGACCACCUCGACAACGCUGACCUGGGCUCUACUGCUCAUGAUCCUGUACCCAGAUAUACAAUGUCGAGUCCAGCAGGAGAUUGAUGAAGUCAUAGGGCAGGCUCGGCGCCCAGAGAUGGCAGACCAGGAACGAAUGCCCUUCACCAACGCUGUGAUUCACGAGGUGCAGCGCUUUGGGGCCAUCGUUCCAUUGACUAUGCCGUUCAUCACAUCUCGGAGCAUUGAAGUACAGGGCUUCCACAUCCCCAAGGGGACAAGACUCAUUGCCAACCUGUUCUCGGUGAUGAAGGAUGAGAGAGCCUGGGAGAAGCCUCUCCACUUCCACCCAGAACACUUCCUGGACUCCCAGGGCCGUUUUGUGAAGCCUGAGGCCUUUGUGCCAUUCUCAGCAGGCCGCCGCGCAUGCCUCGGGGAGCCACUGGCCCGCAUGGAGCUCUUCCUCUUCUUCACCUGCCUCCUGCAGAGAUUUAGUUUUUCGAUCCCUGCUGGACAGCCCCGGCCCAGUGAUCGCGCUGUCUUUGGCACUCUGACAGCACCAUCCCCCUACCAGCUCUGUGCAGUGGUCCGCUAGUCGGAGCUCCAAUUCCAGUGAUGUCCCAAACUCAGGUCCUCAUCUACAAUAAACCAGUCCCGUGGCAUCCCUUUGGUUCCUACCAUCCAGCCCCUAUCCCAUGUGUGUACGUGUCCUCACAUAGCAGUCUGUAGUCACCACCAAGUGCCUCAGCCCCCAUUACUAGAAAACAUGAAUACUAUGAGAAAAUGCUGUACUGAGAGAACGGCAGUGGCCAGGCCUGCACUAGAGCCUUUGGGAGACUGAGGCAGGAAGAGUGAUUGAUGUUCAAGACCCACACAGAAGGACAGAGCGUACAAGGGCAGCCUGGACAGCUUGGUAAGACCCUGUCUCAACAAAACAAAACAGGACACCCGGAAGAUUGUAAGGAAGGGAGGGAAGUCAGAGGGAAGCGAAGGAAACCACCAGAGUUAAACCAAGAAGAGAGCAGCAGCUUGUGCAGACCUAUAAACAGGGAAAAUGAAUCAGUCAUACAAACCUCCUGACUACAACAAGCCCAGGUCCAAAUGCAUUCACGUGAGAAGUCUGCUAGACUUUCAAAGAUGAUCUACCAUCAAUACUUCUUAUAUUAUUCAAAAAGAUAGAAGCAGAGGGAGAACUCCCAAACUCCAUCUAAGAAGCCAGUAGCACUGUAAUACCAACACCAUAGAAAGACACAACAAAAAGAAAACAAUAGGCCCAUGUCCUUAAUGCACACACACGCAAAGAUUCUCAACACAGUGCUCAGAAACCACAUACAGACACACAUCUGAAAGGCCAUCCACCGUGAUCAAGUUGACUUUAUUCCGGAGAUGCAGGUAUUGUUCAAUAUACAGAAGUCGAUAAAUGUAAUAAAUUAUAUAUAUAGACGUAAAGUCAAAAAUCACUUGGUCACCUCAAUAGAUGUAGAAAAAGGUCUUUGAGAAAAUGCAGCACACAUUCAUGUGAAAAUUCCCAAAGGGAACUGGGCUGGAGGGAACAUACCUUAACAUAAUGAAAGCUAUGUAUAAAAAACUCCCAGCUUACAUCACUCUAAAUGGAGGAAAACUGGAAGCGUUCCCAUUAAAAUCAAGACCCACAGGG